GAAGAGCCAGUGCUUCCCGACCAUCACCUUCAUCCCAAACUCCGCACGAGACUCUCCGCUACCCCUCUGCUCAUCACCUCCUAUCGUGACAACUCCAAAUGCCCCGGCCACCCCGCGAGGAAUACACGGUAGGAUGGGUGUGCGCGCUCCCAGCCGAGCUGGCGGCGGCGCAGGAGAUGCUGGACGAAGAGCAUGAAGAUAUUGAGCGCGACGUCAACGACAACGACGAGAAUCUAUACUCUUUGGGAUCAAUUGCGGGACACAAUAUCGCGAUUGUAUGUCUACCGGCGGGACGCAUUGGCAACAACCCUGCGGCAGUCGUGGCGACGCAGAUGAAGACGACGUUCAAGGGAAUCCGAUUUGGGCUAAUGGUCGGCAUCGGCGGAGGAGUGCCCAGCGCAGCGGUGGACAUUCGACUCGGGGACGUGGUGGUCAGCCAGCCAGACAAGACCUUCGGCGGAGUGGUCCAGUACGACUCUGGCAAGGCGACGCCAAGCGGGUUUAAGAGGACAGGAUCGCUCAACGCCCCUCCGCAGAUACUGCUCAGCGCGGUUGCAAAGGUGCAAGCGAACAAACUCCGAAACAGAAGCAAGGUAUCUGAGUACCUGCAAAGAUUCAGCCAUAUGCCCGACUUUCAGCACGAGGCGGCUGGGCCUGACAUCCUGUUCAAGGGAGACUACGACCACAAGGAAGGGCAAACCUGCGAUGAGUGCAGUACAGACAGGCAAGAAGGUCGGCAGCCUCGCAAUAGUCAAGGGGUGAUAGUUCACUACGGGACGAUCGCGUCAGGAAAUCAGGUCAUGAAAAAUGCGGCGGAAAGAGACAGGGUCAGCGCGGAGCUCGGCGGCGUGCUCUGCUUCGAGAUGGAGGCGGCAGGUCUGAUGAACAACUUCCCGUGCCUGGUCAUCCGCGGCAUCUGCGACUACGCAGACUCGCACAAGAACAAGAGGUGGCAAUUGUACUCGGCGGGGAUCGCGGCGGCGUAUGCGAAGGAAGUGCUGUUGGUGAUCCCGCCAGCCGAUGUAGCAAAGACUCGCACGGCCGAAGAGGCCAUUCAGAGCGCAAGUAAAAGGGUGAUCCACUCUAUUCCAUUCCUUCUAAACCGGUCCUUUGUCGGGAGGAAGGCUGAACUUGAUAUGCUAAAGCAGAGGCUUAUAGUAGACAGAGCGUGCUACAAGAUGUCAAUUGUUGGGCUCGGGGGGACGGGCAAGACGCAGGUUGCGCUGCAGUUUGCGUACAUGGUGAAGGAGAGCUGGCCCGAGUUCUCCAUCUUCUGGGUGCCUGCACUAAGUAUGGAGAGCUUCGAGCAGGCGUGCGCAGAAGCUGCAAGACUGUUGGGCAUCCCUCAGGCGGCUAAUGGCGAGGAUGAUAUAAAAGAGCAGUUCAAACGGCAUCUAAGCACGGCGUGGGCAGGGAGGUGGCUAUUAGUAGUCGACAACGCCGACGAUACAGACAUCCUCUUUGGGACAGGACAGGCGAAGGGCGUUAUUAACUACCUGCCACAGAGCGAGGAGGGUGUGGUUUUGUUCACCACACGCACACUAGAGGUAGCAGUCUCGCUAACACGCGGCGAUGUGCUAAAGAUCGGGCCGAUGAAUCAACAAGACGCGGGCGACUUCCUAGGGAAGUCGCUAAUUAGGAAGGACCUCCUCCGCAACAGCGCAAGUAGGGACACACUGCUCGAUGAGCUGACAUGUCUACCUCUAGCGAUCGCACAGGCAGCCGCCUACCUAAACAAAACCAGCAUGUCUAUUACCAAGUACUUGCACCUGCUCCGGAGCACGGAGCAGGACCUCAUCGAUCUCAUGAGCAGGGAGUUCCGCGACGAUACGCGAUAUAACAGCUCGGCGAACGCAGUGGCCACAACGUGGGUGGUAUCAUUUAACCACAUCCGCGCACGCGAUGCGGUCGCGGUAGGCCUUCUGCUGUUUAUAUCUUGCAUUGAGUGGAAAGCUAUUCCACACUCUAUCCUACCAAGCGUACAAUCGGAAGUGCAGAUGGAGGAGGCGAUCGGCACGCUCUGUGGGUACUCCUUCCUAGUACGACAGAGGGACGAAGAGGAGUAUGAUGUCCACCGACUGGUGCACCUAGCGACUCGAAUCUGGGUCAGGCAGUACGGCGACACGAGAGGGGUGGCUGAGAAAGCCAUUAGGAAUGUAGCCGGCGUUUUCCCAUCAAACGACUAUGCAAAUCGGGCAGUAUGGAGGGCCUAUCUACCGCAUGCGCUACGGCUACUCGAGGAUAAGCAAGGCUGCGAGGUUGAUGAGAGGUCCAAGUUGUGUCUCUUAGUGGGACAAUGUCUGCGGGUAGACGGCAGGAUCCAAGAAGCAGUAAGGUGGCUUAAGGAGUCCUGCGAGCAAAGGCAAAGACUUAACAAAGGUAAUUCGGAUCGGCUGUUAUCGCAGCACACCCUCGCUAUAGCAUACCAACGAACGGACAGAUUAAGAAGGCAAUCAAGCUGCUAGAGCAUGUGGUUCAAGUGAAACAGAGGGCCUACAGAUUCAAUCAUCCUUCCCGACUCGUAUCUGAGAGGGUCCUAGGGUCUUGGCAGGCAGCAUUAUAGCUAUAUGCUGACUAGUAAUACUUGACAGUGCCGAGAGGAAUUUGCUAUUAGAUCUCGCCACCACAUACAGGGAGGGCGGC